CGGCCGGGCUGGGGGCUCGGGCCGGGGUCGCCAUGGGCAACCUGUUCGGCCGCAAGAAGCAGAGCCGGGUGACGGAGCAGGACAAGGCCAUCCUGCAACUGAAGCAGCAGCGGGACAAGCUGAAGCAGUACCAAAAGAGGAUCACCCAGCAGCUGGAGCGGGAGCGGGAGAUUGCCCGGCAGCUCCUGCGGGACGGCCGGAAGGAACGGGCCAAGCUGCUGCUUAAGAAGAAGCGAUACCGGGAGCAGCUCCUGGACAAGACGGAGAACCAGAUCACCAGCCUGGAGACAAUGGUCCAGAGUAUUGAGUUCACCCAGAUUGAAAUGAAGGUGAUUGAAGGGCUGCAGUUUGGAAAUGAGUGUCUGAAUAAGAUGCACCAGGUGAUGUCCAUAGAAGAAGUGGAACGGAUCCUGGACGAGACCCAGGAGGCUGUGGAGUAUCAGCGGCAAAUAGAUGAGCUGUUGGCAGGAAGCUUCACUCAGGAGGACGAAGAUGCCAUCCUGGAGGAACUGAACGCCAUCACUCAGGAACAAAUAGAGCUGCCAGAGGUUCCUUCAGAGCCCCUUCCCGAAAAGAUCCCAGAGAAAGUCCCCGUCAAGGCCAGGCCCAGGCAGGUGGACCCAGUGGCAGCCUCAUAACUCAGCCUCCUCGAGUGGGACUCGCAGGGACUCCCCAAGGACUGGGGCCCGCAGAGAGUUUGGGUGUGUGGCCAGCCCCAACUGGGCUCCCAGGAGGCCAGCGCCGGGCCAGGCUGGCUGGGUGCUGACGGAGCAGUGCAGCGCACUCGGGGCUCACUAUCAGGAUGACUGUGGAGCAUUUCCCUGGUGCUGCUGUCUUGCUCUCAUUUCUGGAUUAAAUGGCAACAUUCAACUCUCCA